AAUUUUUGUUAUUUAUUAUUACUUUAUAUGCACUAAUACGCUCUACUCAUUGAUUUUAAUUCAGGUUUUUGCAGUUUUAUUAGCAACAAAUUUAUAAAUUUGUCUCCAGUUUCAUUGAAUAAGUGUGUUUAAAGGAUUCUCGUGGUGUUAUUUAUAAGAAAACUAUUUACAUAAAUUACUUACAGUUUGUUUGCAAAAGCAAAAUAGUGUAUUUUGUGUAUUGGAGGUUAAUUGUCGUGUUAAUGAUUUAAAAGAAAAUGCCACCAGUAAAGCGUCACAUUAUCGGUCGGCGUACGCGUAUACGUAAUGCAAGUCGAGUGCAUAAUCUUCGGAACAAUUAGACCGAUGAACAGCGUAGGCAGCGUUUGGAGGCAAACAGAGUGCGAAUUUCAGAAGUGAGAUCUACAACAACUACGGAAGAAACUAUACCAGCGACUUCAGGCAGGAGGCUACAAAGCAGACGAUCAACCGGUACAAUUAAGUAUGAACGUUUGGCGCUUAGAUAUGAACCAACCGUUAAUUAUGCCGGCGAUGAAACAGUCAAUAUUGGGACAAUGACCUUUAUUUGUCAAUAUUGCAAUGCAUUAAAGUUUCCAUUAGAACCGUCAGGAUUAUGUUGUGCGAAUGGAAAGAUCAAACCUGAUCUGAACCACUGAAUUCAUUACUUUUAGGACACGAACCUCUAUCAAAGCAUUUCUUGCCGAAUAUUCAAAAGUAUAACAGUGUCUUUCAAAUGACAGCAUUUGGUGUAAAUAUAAUUGAGGAACGCGGAUUUAAUCCAACUUUUAAGAUUCAAGGACAAAUUCACCACCGUGCAGGAGCAUUGUUGCCAUCAGUUGAUGACGAAUACAAAUAUCUUCAGAUUUAUUUCCUUGGAAAUUCUGAAACUGAAAUAAAUCAGCGCUGUGGCAUUAAUCGAGCAACUAGACGAGAGAUCAUUGUGCAACUGCAACAACUAUUACAUGCACAUAACCUAUUGAUUCAAUUAUUUAAAAUGGCCUUAGAAAUGAAGCCAACAGAUGAUCAUAAAAUAGUAAUCAGAGCAGACAAAAGACCUGCAGGUGAACAUGAAAGACGCUUCAAUGCACCUGUGUUAAACGAAGUUGCUAUUGUGGUGGUUGGAGAGAAUAUGGACUCUCGAGACAUUGUAAUUCAACGGCGUGUUGGUGGCAACCUUCAGCGUUAAGAAACAAAUAAAAAGCAGAAACUCAAAGCGCUCAUGGACUUCAUUGUAAAAUGUCAUGUCUUCGGAGACGUACGAUGUUGGAUGUACUCUGUAGAAUGGCAGAAGAGAGAACUACCUCAUGCGCAUAUUCUCCUGUGGAUGGUCGAAAAAAUAAGACCAGAUGAAAUAGACUUAAUCAUUUGUGCAGAAAUACCUGAUCCCGAAGUAGAUCCACAAUUGUAUGAAGUAGCAAAGAAGAACAUGAUUCAUGGACCGUGUGGCGAACACAAUCAUGAAUCACCGUGUAUGAUCGACAACAAAUGCUCGAAACGUUAUCCGCUUGCUUUGUCGGCUGAUACAAUUACAGGCAAUGAUGGUUACCCUCUGUAUCGUCGCCGCUCUGUAGAAGAUAACGGCAGAACAAUAACGUUGCAAGUAAAAAAAUAAGGAAGUGGUAGUUAACAACAGAUGGGUUGUUCCGUAUUCACCGCUGCUCUCCAAAACCUUUAAAGCGCAUUGCAAUGUUGAGUACUGCAAUUCGGUGAAGUCAAUAAAAUAUGUUUGCAAGUACGUCACCAAAGGAAACGACAUGGCUGUAUUUUUAUUGCAGCUUCUAAUAACGAUGAAGUUUCACAAUAUCAAAUGGGAAGAUAUACAUGCGUAUGCCGACGAUAUUGAUAUCAUCGGCCUCAACACCCGCGCCAUUAGUUCUGCUUUCUCUAGGCU